UAAAGCCACAGCACAGAGAUAUUUCUUCAUAGCAUAUUACUUUUUCAAACCCAUAACAGAGCUGACUCACAAAUAGACCUAAGCUACAGAUUCAGAGAAACAAAAGAAGAAUAAGUAUCUUCUUUUUUCUUAAACAAUAGUUAGUUAGCUGCCAUAGUUAUUGGAUUGGAUUACCUACAGUCUGUUCUGAGGGGACUAUGAGAGCUGACAGUAUGGGAUGGAUCCUAUGGGCUAUAGGUGCCUCUGUGCUCAUUCAGGGCUGUAUGUGCAGUGCUGUGCGGACGAACAGUGGCUGCAUGAAGUGGACCGAAGGACCAAGAAAUGAUGUUUGCUGUGAAGCCUGUAACCCUGGACACCACCUAAUCACAGAAUGUGGCCCAGAGCUAAAAGGGCUCUGUACUCCCUGUGAGGCCGGGAAAUACAUACUGAAACCUACAGAUCGCCAAUGUCAGAGGUGUUCACAGUGUGUAGGUGCUCAGGUCAUGGAGAAAGAGUGCACUGCCACGACUGACACACAGUGUGCCUGUAAAGAAGGACUGACCUGUGGGGAUGCCAAAUGUUCCUUUUGUGUUAAAAAGUGCGACAAAGGUCAUGAACCCACAGAGAAACGUUCUUGCAGACCAUGUCCAGAAGGAACCUUCAAUGACAAAAUUCACCAGAGGUGUAAACCCUGGAGUACAGAGUGUCAACAUAUUGUGACCAAGGGAGAUGCACUUACUGAUAUUACGUGUGGGAAUGUUUCCGUUGACAGCUCAAAGAAACCUGGUCCCGCAGAACAGGAAUGGCCAUUGUCUGUGGUCGCCACUGUGGUUCUGAGCGUGUUUAGCAUCAUCAUCAUCCUUUUCAUCACCAUUUUGGCCAAGAAAAACAGCAACAAAAAAAAGGAAGACAUAAAAAAGCCAAUAACAUUAACGCCGAUAAUCACAACACCUACAGAUGAUCCCAGGACGCUCAUAGCAGUAGAGUGCAGUUUCCACGAGGCUCAGCAGGAGCAGGGCAGCCGCUCAGAGUUGCUCGGAUCCAGAGACUCUUCGGGUCAGUUCAUCGCAUGAAUCAAAGGGGAUUUUGUUACUGUUCCACACUGAAGGCCAUAUUUUGUUUUUGUCAAAUGCAGUGAGAGGGAACAGGAGAUCUUUAAUAAGAUAAGGUGCUUGUUUUGAAUACUGAACCAGGAGGAAGUCUUUUUCAUAUGUUGGCUCUAAAUGAAAGAGUAAUUUGUUUACCCAGCUGUCUUUCAUCCACCAUAUUUUCCUUUUAUUAGAACAACCAAAACUACAGGGAAACUCUUGAUAGGACAGGUAUGAGGUCAUAUUUUGCUCUACAAGAAUAUAUUUGUAUCUUUUAACAAUUAGAUACAGUGUCAUCAGGGGGAAUUCUGUGGGAAAAUACAAAACCAAACAACAGCUUAUUCAUUCAUCAUGUAGGCAGAUAAUCAGACUGUGUUUCCUUUUUAGGUCAGCUUGAAAGAUAAGGGGGGAGUCAGUGAGCUGGGAAACGUUGUGAAAUAUUGGAUUAACCAUGGCACCAGAUAAAAAUACAUGCCAUUAAAAAAGGAAGGCCUUUAAAAACCUGAGCAAAUUAUUUCCAAGCAAACUGGACUUGUGCCGACGGACGGUGAAAAUGUAGUGUAGUGUUUGAAAUGAAUGAGUUUUUGACUACUGUGAUAUUUGCAUGAGCAGUAAAGCGCUCUGUGUGAAUGUGGGUAGGAGUAAGACUGACAGCAGACAGUUUUUAGUCAUGCUUCAGGCUUAUCCCACAUAUUCCUCCAAAAA